AUGGGUAUUUCAAGUUUUACCCAACGGAGCACUUCCUCUUACAGUUCAAUACUCUCAGAUCACCUAAGGACGCAAAGAAUCGACGAAGCUCGUCUGUUUUUUGAUACAAUCCCAUCUCCCAAUGUAUAUUUAUGCACUAAAAUGAUUGGAGGCUACACUGAAAACUAUAGACUUACUGAGGCACUGAAAUUGUUUGACCAAAUGCUUGUUAAAGACAUAGUUAUGUGGAAUUUGAUGGUCAAAGGCUGUUUGGAUUGUGGGGAUUUGGAUAUGGGUUUUAAGCUUUUUGAUGAAAUGCCUGAAAGGAAUGUGAUUUCAUGGACAACAAUGAUAACUGGAUUGUUGAACUUUGGGAGAGUUGAAGUGGCUGAGAGGUUGUUUCUUGACAUGCCAACGAGGGAUAUAGCUGCUUGGAAUGCUAUGAUUUAUGGGUAUUUUGGGAAUGGUAGAGUGGAGGAUGCUAUGAAGUUGUUUGAGGCGAUGCCUUGUAAGAAUGUGAUUUCAUGGACUUCAAUGAUUAGUGGGCUAGAUCAGCAUGGGAAAAGUCAUGAGGCUCUGUUUGUCUUUAGAAAGAUGGUGGAUUCUGGUGUUGAACUGACAUCGAGUACGUUUUCAUGUGUAAUAACAGCUUGCGCUAAUGUGGUGGAUUUAUGCCUAGGUUUUCAGGUUCAUGGGCAUAUUUUCAAGCAAGGUUACUUGUUUGAUGUGUAUAUAACUGCAUCACUCAUCACAUUUUAUGCAAAUUGUAAGCUAAUGGAUGAUUCUUGCAGGGUUUGGAAUGAGAAAAUGCAUAUGAAUGUGGUUGUAUGGACUGCUCUUUUAACAGGCUAUGGUUUGAAUGGUAGACAUGAAGAUGCAUUGAAGGUUUUGGGUGACAUGUUAAGAAAUGGGGUCCUUCCCAAUCAAUCUUCUUUCACAAGUGCCUUAAAUUCAUGCUGUGAAAUGGAGGCUGUUGAUUUGGGUAAGGAGAUUCAUGCAGUAGCUGUCAAGCUGGGGCUUCAAACUGAUGCUUUUGUGGGUAAUUCUCUUGUUGUAUUGUAUUCUGAAUGUGGAAAUAUGAAUGAAGGAGUAGGCAUAUUUAACGAAAUAGCUGACAAGAACAUUGUAUCGUGGAACUCGAUUAUUGUUGGAUGUGCGCAACAUGGGUGUGGCAUGUGGGCACUAACAUUCUUUAGCCAAAUGAUACGUGCUGAAGUUGACCCAGAUGAUAUUACAUUCACUGGUUUGCUUUCAGCCUGUAGUCAUUCUGGGAUGUUACAGAAAGGAAGAAACUUUUUUCAAUAUUUACACCACUCUAUGUCCCUCAAGGUAAAAUUUGAGCACUAUGCCUGUAUGGUGGAUAUCUUGGGCCGAAGUGGGAGAUUGGUUGAAGCGGAGGAGUUAGUCAAAAACAUGCCAAUGAAAGCAAAUUUGUCGGUAUGGUUAGCUCUGCUUAGUGGUUGCAGGAUGCAUUCUAAUUUAGAAGUGGCUGAAAGAGCUGCAAAAAGUAUUUUUGAUCUUGAUCCAAAUUGCGGUGCUGCUUAUGUCUUGUUAUCUAAUGUGUAUGCUUUUGCUGGUAGAUGGAAUGAUGUUGGAAGAAUUCGAGGGAAGAUGAAAAGGAGCGGAAGCAUAAAACAACCAGGAUGCAGUUGGGUUAGUCUAAAGGGAUCAAGGCAUGAAUUUCUUUCUGGAGAUAGUUCUCACCAUUUAAGUGAGAAAAUAUAUCGAAAGCUGGACUGGUUAGGAGAGAAGCUGAAGGAAACCGGUUAUAUCCCUGAUCAAAGGUUUGCUUUGCAUGAUGUUGACGAUGAACAAAAGGAAGCGAUCUUGUCUUACCAUAGCGAGAGGCUUGCUAUUGGAUUUUGUCUGAUUAGUACGGUGGAGGGGAGUACGAUAACAGUAAUGAAGAACCUUCGUGUUUGUGGGGAUUGCCAUUCUGCCAUUAAGCUCAUAGCAAAACUUGUUGGGCGUGAGAUUGUUUUGAGAGAUUCUAGCCGCUUUCACCACUUCAGGGAUGGCUUUUGUUCUUGCAGAGAUUACUGUUCGAAAAACCUUGCUUUGGCGGUGCUGAUUAACCAGUUUUCACAGCAUCAUCCAUGGCGGAAGAGCAAUCGAGAGGUCAUCAACAAGAAGCUAAACGAGUUGCGAAUUGAGUAUGAUGGCGAUCACAAAGAUCUUAAUCUUCAAGGUUCUGAAAAUGCCGAAGGAAUCAAACAGAAAAUGUACGGAUUGAUGAAUGAAAUUAAUAAACGAGAUGAUUUGAAGAAGGCUUUGAAUGAUCGGAAACGAUCUGUCAAGGAACAGAAUUCACAGAGCAGAACUGCAAUGAAAAGAUAG